UAUUGUUUAUAGAAUAAAAAUCACAUUAAAAAGAAAUGUUAUUGAACAUUUUAUUUGUGAUUUACUUUAAGUUUCAGUGCUAUUGUUUGUAUUGUGGGAUUCGAAAGCAAAUUUAAAGAAGUCAAGAACUUGAAACCAAUUUUCAAUACUUCAGUUCACCAUUUGACGCAGAGGCUGAUUUAGCUCCAGAAGAGAUACCUAAAAGCAAAUUAUGACCUGAAAGAGAAGUCGAACAAGCUUACAAAUAAAUUGUGGAAUUACAGAGAUGAACGGAUUAGGAAAAAUAGAUGUGACUUGGACACCAAAUGCGCAUAAGUUUGGUGAUAUUGUAAUUUACAAAGCUAAAAAGAAUUCUCAGUUAGCCCGGUGUUCAAGUGAUUAUGAUUGCUCACUGAAAAACGAAAAUUCUUUAUUUGAACAAUUAAAUGUCAGUACUAUCAAUCUGAAUAAAACUAAGCACGUUCACAUAACAUUCAUGAAUGUCUCAAGUCUUCAUGAAGGAGAGUAUAGAGUUGAGCAGACAAGCUCUGACUCAAAAAAAUUUAAUGAUUCAUGCUACUUUAGCAUUUUUGAAAGACCAAAGGAUGUUGCUUGCAACUACACAUAUAUGAAUAAUAUUUCAAUAGUUGUCAUCUGUACAGCUAACACUACAUUUCAUAAUGUCAUGUGUAUAUACUAUAACGUUUGCGAACAGAUUCAUAUUCUAGGAAAUGUAAGCAAUAAGCCAGAAAAAAAAACAAAUAUUGUCCAUUAUAAGACAGUAUGUAGUCUACAUUUAGAUAUAUAUGUCUUCGAUAAUAAGGACAAAAUACAAGUUAUAGUAUACCCUAAUGUUACAGGAGAUGAAACUGAUGUCCAGUACGGAUCUAAUUUUUCGAUUUAUCUUUAUGAAGUAAAGCCUUCAACAGAGUUUAGCACCACCGAAGUUUCCAAUUGUGAUUUUUAUGAGAUUACAACUAGUAUUUCACAAACAACAGAAAAUAUAACUUUUCUUUUUACUCAAUCUCCCUUUGUGACAACGUUUCAUGUAGAUAUCAAAUGGGUGUCACUUUUAAUCUCUACAGUCUUUACAGUUACACUUGCAUUCGUCCUUAAGUUUACAGGUUGUUUUAGUCAAUGCAGGGUUAAUUAUUCAGUUAAAAGGAUAAAAGAAAAUCAGAAAUCAAAAUACAAAGAAGUCAUCACAUUUGACAAUUACGACAUAUACAAUUUGCGAGUUUAUGUCAAGAAUAUGGAAGAUACCUAUUGUACUAUUGACGAAGCUCGUGUUAUGAACUUAAAAAUACAAAACUCUGUGAUUUAUUAUACACAUCAUACACAGCAUAAUAAUUAUUAUAUCACUUGACGGAAACUAUGGUUUUUCUUUAUUUUGAAAUACAUUGUAAAAUUUUUCUUUAACUUUUUUAAAGCAGAAAACUCUUCUUAUUUUUGUGUGAAAUCUAUUUUAGUUUAUUUAGAAUAGUACGUCCAAUAUGGCAAAUACUUUGCGUCUCAGAGAUAAUAAAAAAUACAUUUGAAUUUAAUUUUUUAAAAAGUCAAAAUGUAUCAAAAUUCUUCUGUGGUAAAUAAACUUUGUUAUUUGUUUUAGAAGCAUUUGGAUUCUGAAAGUGGCUGGUGAUACAACUUAAAGCUAACAAAUUCCCGAAACCUAACAAAACCUAACGAAUUAAAAAAAAAAAAAAAAAAGUUCCAUUUUCGUAGGUGGAGAUAGCUUAAAGGUGUUUGUGGUUGCACCUACAUUUUUUUAAAACGUGAAUAUAAUUGUACUUAAUAAUAUUAGUGAAUCUAAAGAAGCUUGCAUUUCGCAAGAAAAAAAAAAAGUAGUCCUAUCUGUAAACUUAAUUAAUCCAUUUAUUAUGUCAUAUUUUUGAAUACAUAUUUUGUUAAAAUUAUAGUUAUUUUUUAAUGUAAAUGCAGACAUUAACGAGAUAGGACCGUGCUGUUUUCUGUUCUUAAAAUUUUCAUUUAAAAACUCUAAUUCAGGGGUUCUCAACCUGUGGAUCGCGACCCCCUUGGGGGUCGAUUGACCAUUUGCAAGGGGCCGCUUAAGACCAUUGAAAAUAUGAAUUGUUAUUGCCUACUCUUCUAUUGCUGUAUGUGUGUGUCAGGGGGGAAGGGUAGCGGCAGAGUGGGGGGGGGUGUAAAAAGGGGUCGCCGAGCUUAAAAGGUUGAGAACCGCUGCUCUAAUUGGUAACUUUUAAUGUUUGUGCGUGUACUGGAGAAAAACAUUCUCCAUAUCAAUCAACAGAGUGUUGAAAGUUUACAUUUGAUUGGAUUCAAUAAUUUAUAAUUAGUUGUAACAGUCUCUAGCGGAAAAAUAUGCGGGUCUUGUUCUUAGUUAAAUAUCACAAAUGUAUUAUUAUAAAUUAGAAAUAGUAACCGUUAGUUGAGUAGAUAAUACCAGUACAGACUUUUUAACUAAUUGAUGUUUCUUUUAUGUAAAACAUCAAAUGUGCAGUAUCACGCCAUUUAUUGAGUUUAAAUAAGUUUUUUUGGGUUUAUCCCCCACAUUUCCUUUAGUUUUAAUACUCUAGUUGGGGGCGUGUUGGCCGUUUGAUAAAGCUCUUGGCUUCCGAACAGAGGAAUCUCGGGUUCCAUUCUCGAGCCUGUGAUUUUGAAUUUUGGGAAUUAAAAACACUCCUAAGUCUAACCGGAACAAAACUGAUCUCUGUGCUGGCCACACGAUACCGUCGUUAACCUUAGGGUAUAGAAAAAUACGUCCCUUACAGGAUCUGCUAGUCGCGAUGAAGAGAGCUAACCAUGUUAUUGGACCACUAAAUGUUUGUGUGUGUGUGUGUGCGCGUGUGCGCGCGCUUAUGUGUGUGUGUGUGUUUGUGUAAGACGAAUGAAACUAAUUCACCAAUUCUAAGAACAACCAUGCUUCCCAAUCUUUUCUAUCAAUCUUAAGACGUAAUUCGAAUCAAACAAUGAUAUCGUAAAUAUCAUGGUCAUAUUUUUAUUUGUUUUAUCCAGGGAUAUCACAAGACCACUCUUUUAUAGUGAAUGAGGUCCUUCGUUCAAUCUUCUACAUAACCUUGAUGCAACCUUAAUUAUCUUGAAGAUAGACGUUUGAGAAA